UUUAUGGCUGGAACAUUACUUGCUGAAUAGUAAUGUGCAGAUUAUGAUGCAACAAGAACACUUUAUUGAUAUGAAUGCUGCACAGAAAAAAAAAACAUGAUAAUGAAAAAAAGGGCACUUGCAUACAGCAAUCAAAACCUCUAAGUUUUAUUGAGCAUACUUUUGUUACAAAUCUGCCUCAGGCAAAAAUCACUGUGAAAGAAAUGUACAAAUGAAAUAAUUACAUUUCUGUGCCUUAAAUACCUGAUAUAAUGGUCGUUGAGAGAGAGGGAGGAAAAAAGAGAGAGAGAGAUUUCAUAUUUACAGCCCAAACUGAUACCUCAUUGAUUCUCAUUGAAACAUCACAACUGGAAAAAAUAUAUAUAUAUAAUGUGAACUGACAAUAUAAGGAUAUCAUGCAGCUGAUCCAACAUGCAAAAAUAAAAAUGAAAUCCAUUUUUGAUCAAGAGUCCAGUGCAUGCCUCACUACACAUUACCUACAAAAAAAGAAUCAAACGUAAGGAAGCUGUGUGGAUAGAUGCAAAUCACUGCAAAAUACUAGAAAUAAGAAUGUAUCUUCAAAAACGACCAAUGUGAAUAUUUACUUGACUGACAAUAAUAUCAAGAGAUGUGGGGAAAUUUAUGGAAUCAUGGAAAAUGCAUUUCCUGUUCCGAUGCUAAUUAUUAUGACUCAUACCUCUGAUAAUAUUAUCUCUGCAUCUAUAUGAUGUUUGAUUUGUAAAUAGAUUUCAGUCAAGAAAACGGUGCAUGAAUCCAGACUUCUUAGUAGUAGAAGCUGUUUCCUGAGCGGGUCUGACAGGUUCAACACAAAGCUCCAGCCUGGUUCUCAGCACAUGUUGUUUCUUAUUGUCACACAGUGAUUCUCUUCUAUUAACCAUGGUCACAACAGCACAGCCUGUCCUUGUUGCCUUCAACAGAUAAGUGCACGAUGAUUGCGCAGCGGUGUGUAGGCACUUAAAGACACGUGUUCUUUUUUUCCUUUUACACAACAAAAACGUGAACCUGGAAGACAGCGCUCUUCUUCUUGCUCCGUGCUGGACUGUGUGUUUGUUAUAAUGACAAACACACAAUGACACACACACACACACACUGGAUAGAUGUUAAAGCUGGGGCUGGGUGACAGCAGGUCCGGCAUCAUGUAAAUUGGCGGGUUGGUGUGGUGGCAGCGGCGGUGAGAUUAAGACUGUGCUCGGGAUCAGAGCGGCACCGCUCCCUGCCUCCGUGUCUGCACCAUCCGCGCGCACACACACACACACUGUGCGUGCGGCUCGGUGCAGGUUCGGCUCUUUCGCCCCGCACACAUGUUUCGAUUAUACGCAUCGGUGUUUUUAACGCAGAGUCCAGACUCAUUGUUUACAUCCACUCUCCACCGUGUUUGUCUGCGGGCAUGCGCAGCGCGCUCCCAGACCCCUCCCCCACUCAGUUAGUUAAGCCAGCGCUAUUUCAAAGCGUCGCUCACUUGUGGAAAGCAGUCUCCUGGCCCCUGAUAACCUGCUCCACACUCUGUGGAGACCGUUUCCCCCUUUUGUGCAGAGCCGCUGCAGAUGUGCAUGUGUAAUAAUGUGGAGGCAGCUCUGCUCUGUGCUCUGCUCUGUGCUGUGCUUGGUUUGGGGUUUACAGAGACCGAGCUGUAAGUAGGUCGGGCUGGGCUUAAGCGGCUUAGCUACGUCAGCCUAAGCUGGGAGGAAUUCAUCCAAAGCCCUCCGUGGUAGGCGGGGGCCUAAACGAGGCUGGCCUAGUUAAGCCUGAUUCUUAUUGUGUGCAGCACAGGCUGUUUUUUGUUGUGCAACGUAGCUGAGAGGGGAGCCAGGAGUAGUGUCUGAUUCCAUGCACAUGUUAGACAUAGCUUAGGUUUGAUUCAGAGAAGAAGAGGAGGUACAUGAGGCAGGUAUGGGAGUUAGACCAGUGGUAGCUGUAUCACUGUGGACUGAGAGGAUCCAGCAGUAGGGACAAAAAGAAAAAGACAGGUGGGAGUCGUAAGGAGCCAUAUUAUCGAGUGGGGCUACAGAGGGGCGACAGCCGUAAAGCCUGACUUGGUCCGCUAUGCUAUAAGAUGGCAUCGAGCUCUGUGUUUCUGUCCAGCAUGGUGGGCAAAGCUCGCUCCUCCAACUUCACCCUCUCUGAGAAACUGGACCUGUUGAAGCUGGUGCGUCCCCACAUCCGCAUCCUGGAGGAGCACACCAACAAGCACGCAGUCAUUGUGGACAAGAACAAGUGCUGGGACACCGUGGCCGAACAGUACAACGCCUUAGGAGGGGACAGACCCCAUCGCACGGCCCAGGGCCUCAGGACCCUCUACAAGAGGCUGAAGGAGUCGGCCAAGCAGGAAGUGAUGCAGCGGAGACACGCCCAGCCGGAGUACAGAGCCAGCAUCUCUGAGCCAACCAGGAGAAUCAUGGAGAUGAUCCCUCACCUGUUUCACCACGUGCCCAUCCAUGAAAAGGACCAGGCACUGCGCAGAUUAAUAUACAGCAAGCACAACUCUUCCCUCGAACAUCCUGGCAGCAGCUCCUCUCUGGCUGAACUCCAGGAUUACUCAGCAGCUGUCCCAAGUAUCCCCCAUGAGGUGGUCCAGCUGGACCCUGAAGAGGAUGUUAAGCCACCGCCAGAACUCCCCAUUCUCUCCACGCACACAGGGCCAGGGCUGGAUGGAGGCCAGGAGCAGGACUUGGACAGGGAGCAGGACUUGGACGGGGAGCAGGACUUGGACAGCGUGCAAGAUUACGAAGCAUCCCUGUCUCCUACGUCCUCCUCCGUUAACCUCCCCCUCUCCCCCUCGCCGCUGCCCUUACGCCACGACCUCUACCAAAACGACAUUUACCCCCACCACGAGCCCGACAGGUUUCGCCCCCUGCAGCUGGCCAAAGAGGAGCAUGAGCUUGUGUUGGCCAAUCACAGGAAGGUUGCCGUGUUCCUGGAGGAGAAACGAGAGGGGCUGAAGAGGAAGCAGGAUCUGGAGGAGGAACUUCUGAGAGCCAAGAUCAAAGUGGAGAAACUAAAGGCUGCUCGACUGAGACAUGGGCUGUCGAUUCCUCUAUAACAAGCACGAACACACACAUUUGUGAGCAAUGUCAGAAAGAGAGAUGCCCCGGCGAGUCCCUGAUUAGCUCAUUAGUUUAGUGAGAGCUGUUUCGGAAUUUGAAUUUUCUGUGGAAACGUAUAGUGCCUCGUACAGACACCGAAUCCUGUGUGAUACUGCAGGACAAGGCAGACUCGUGUUGCCAUCAUUCCUCAUGUUGCUCGCCAAGGUUCAUAGUUUAUCGUCAUUCCUGCACUUUUUGACAGCGGAGGUAACAAAACGUGUAGAUACUCAUUUUACAAACACUGUGAUGGGCCAAAACAGGUCCAAUAAAUGUUAGAGUCCAGAUGUUGGAAGGGAAUAUUUGUAGUCGUGACAGAUGUGUACCUUGCGGGUAUGUUCAGCCACCAACACGUAAAAUACAAAAAUGUUAGCAUAGCAUUUAUGAUCUUUAUCCAAGAUUGUCUGAAGAUUUAUAGUCACUAUCAUAUAAGGGAGAUCUUUUAGUGCCCUGUUAAUUAUUUGUAAAUAAAAAGUCCACCUAAUAUGACAUCUGUAGAAAUCAGAUGUGAUAAACCUAUUAGGCAUUUUAGAGCAGGUACAAUGACUGAAGCACAAGUUAAACUUUCAAAGGCCUUAAAAUAUUAUGCUAAUAAUGACAAAUUCAGUGCAUCAGGGUCUGUCAGAAAUUCUGUCUGGCCAGUUGAGUGAACAAAAGAAGGGAGCUGUGGUUUUGUGACGUAAUUGUUAUUAAGUAUGUAAGUACAGCAUUGAUUGUAUUGUAUUGUUGGUAUAUGAGUGUUGUCAGUCUAUUUUACAGUUUGUCCACAUGUUUGCUCAUUUCUAUUAAAAAAAACAAGGUCAGUGUU